UUCCCCUUUACGCUUCGUCCUCUCUCAUUCUCUUCUUCCUGUUGCCUUCUACGUUUCUGUGCGUUUUUAGACCCUAUUCUCUUUUCUCUCUCCCGUCUAUGGCCCCAUUCCUUGCCCCUCCCCUGGCUUUUAUACUAUUUCGAGGGAAUCUCUUUAAAUUCCGUAUCUCACCUCUAAAAAUAUUACGCUGUCUUAACUUUUGAUUUCUUUGGCUUAUCGAAAAUUAUGAUGUCAAUGCAAUACCCCAUCUGAAAUGACACCCAGUGCGUCUCUGGACGCCUGAAGCAGCAGCACAUAGAUUUGGAUGUCGCAAGAGGGACUCUCCCAUUGAAUUCACCCCUGGAGAAUAGCCAUGGUGGUUUCAGGGACGAGGUGGAUUCUCUUCUGCCUCUUUCUACUGGGGGAGAGAACGGGACUUGACUGUGGGGAACUGCAGUGCUCUCUGUCUCCAGCGGGGGUGCUUCACCCUGUGCAGGGGCUGUUGGAGCGCUUUGAGGCCGGCCCGGGCUGUGCAGCCAGAGAGAGCGGGGAGAAAGAGACCCAUGUGAUCGCUGUGGGGAGAGGGACACGUAGCCUUGACAAACAGGUGACUGUGCUCCUUAGACCCCUGUCUCUGUCUCACCCCCCCCGUCAAACCCUCAUCCUGGUACUGAGCUCCAAGCAACCAGUACGCUGGUGGCUGGAGGCUGAGAGACUACCCCCGGAUCUGCCUGUGCUGGUGCAGGUCUCUCCUAACUCUACAGUGCAGCCCUACAGUCUGGUAGUGCAGGUGCAGCCUAUGCCCUCUCUGCCUUUCCGUCCGCGGGCUUUGCUGCGAUGGGCAAUGCAUCAACAUGGCACCCUGUCCUCCCUCACACACACAGCCAGUGCCAACCGCGUCUACGUCCGUGUGGGCGAGGAUAUCACCAUGCCCAGCGUGUGCCAGCUGCAGUCUCUGUUCCUGUCACACAACUACCUGACCUCUGACCUGCAGCCACAGGAAGUACAGGGCUGUGCUCCAGUUGGUGGAGGCGACCCAGAAGUGCAUGUCAUCAAGCUCCUUUCAGCAGGGUCAGGGCUUUGUGGCUCUCUGCAGGUGGAGGUGACUAUUUCUCUGGUGCCCCCAGUGGCCAAUGCUGGGUGGCACAAAUUGGUGCUGAUCCUCAGUAGUGCCGUUCCAGUCAACUGGGCUCUCACAGUGCCAGGGCUCCGGGGACACAUCUCUGUCUAUUCCUCCAACAGCGUGUCCCCACUCUACCCUCCGGAGCCUGACCUGACACUGACGAGCAUGCUCACCUCUGACCUCUCUACCACCCAUGACCUUUUGAGCUGGGCCAAUCAGAGUGGCUUUCCCAAAGUGGCCUCAUACACAGAGGCUGACCUGGCCAAUCACUUUGUGAUCAGACUGGCUGGGGGAGGGACAGAAGGUGGCCCCCCUGUGCAUAUGCUGGAUGGCAGGCCCCCUUGGGUCCAGGAGCACAGGCUGAGGCAGUGGCUGAGUGAGGGAGGUGGAAGGACCAGUGGGGGCUGGGAGGCCGUCAGUGUGCAGUGUCAGGACGGACGACUCAACGUGGCAGUGGACAGACACAUUCUGCAGACCCUGUCUCUCCCGGUGUCGGAGGUGACACUGCGGGAUCCUCAGUGCCUGGCCCAGUCCAACAGCAGCCAUUUCUUGUUGGCAUUCCCGGUCAUUUCCUGUGGGACUGAAGGGCUGCUGCAGGGAGAGCCCAGAGGGGUGCAGUACAGAAAUGCGGUGUUGCUAUGGAGAAACAAGCCUCUGGUUGCCGUGGGCAAUGAGACAGACGAGGAGCCCACAGAGUGGAAUCCACUGGUCAUACAUUUCAGCUGUUUUGCUGCAGUCCCCAGUGUCCCAAGCCUUCCUGUGGAGCAGCCCACUCUGCAGGGGCCGGGGCCUCUCCCAAGGGCCAGGGCCGGCCCACUGGUCUCACUGCAGCUGUUUGUUACAGAGGGCUAUGAGCAGAGGCAGACCGGUCCUUGUACCAUCACUGCUGACAACCGUGUCUAUGUGGAGCUUUCCGCCAAGGGGGCCCUCGGUGGGGGUGUGGAGGUGCGGUCCUGCAUGGUGUCUCCCCUAUCAGACCCCCGUGUGUCCCCUGGCUGGUCAGUCAUUAGAGACGGCUGCUCCGCUGACUCCUCACUGACACUCAGCAACAUGGCACAUGGCCAAGAGGAAGAUGAGGAAUAUUAUGAAGAGGAAGAGGAGGUACCUAGAGUCCUAUCAUUCAGGCAUCCAGGAAGGGCUUGGAGGAACAAAGCAGGAUUGAGAAAAAGAGAACACGGUGGGAAGAGGGGACGAGGAGGACGAGCCAAAAGGAAGGAGAGCGAUGGAGGAAUGGGAGGAGAGGAGGACCAGAUACACAGACUGAGGUUCAGUUUUGUCCUUCGGCCCAUCUACAACAACUCUGUCCAGUUUCUGCACUGUCGCAUCUGUCUCUGUGGCCCUGAGUCAGUGACCCAGGGGCCUCCAACGGCCAUAAUACAGAGUGGCUGUCCAAAUCCAUGGGGCCUCCAUAUCCCUGCCCUCGUAUCUAAACUACCCAACCAACAGUGUGAGUACAGAAACUUCUCCAGACCCAUGCUGGUCUAUCAGCCUGUUGGUAUGGCCAGACAGCAGGCGCCACCUGCUGGUCAGAGAGGUCAAAUGCCCAAUGUGUCUCAGCUGCCCAAGCCUAUCCCAGCCCACAGCAGUAACCACACGGGACAGUUCCUAAAGUCUAUCCUGGACCAAAGGCCAAAAUACUGAGCUAUACCACCAUAUUCACAAAUACCCAGAGAACAUUCUAUACCUGCUGCUACUGUUUAUUAUCUGUCACUUUAUUUCUAGUUAUAUGUACAUAUUUACCUUAAUUACCUCGUACCCCUGCACAUCCACUUGGUACUGGUUACCCUUAUAUAAAGCCAAGUUAUCGUUACUCAUUUUAUUAUUUCUCUAUUUUCUUUCUCUCUGCAUUGUUGGGAAGGGCCCGUAAGUAAGCAUUUCACUGUUAGUCUACACCUGUUGUUUUUUCGAAGCAUGUGACAAAUAAAAUGUUUUUUUUGACCUAUUGUAAGAGAAGAUACUAUGACAACUUUCUUAUUAAUUUUGAGAGAUAUGCUGGGUUUUUUCACCAUGAAUACAUGUUAGUGAAACACUUGACAUGUGAUUGGUUGCAGGGGCUCCUCCACCAACCAGAAGAGGGGGCCUGAUCGAGAAUACUAACCCUGCCUUAUUAGACUCUUCCAACAGCUCUGUGUAGAGGUGAGAUGGAACGUGAUAAGAGUGGAACAACACACACAGCAGCUGGGGGACCACAAAGUAAAGAGAAUGUCAAAUUUAGAUUAGUAUUCUAUAGACUUAUCAUGGUGGCACUAGCGCCCUUUGUGAAUUAGUCAAGCACCUGCAGAUUGCAAUAGUGAUAUCUCGUAUCAUGUGUAAUAAAUAUUCUAAAUAUCUCAUUUUCAACACAUUUUCAGUGUUUCCUCUGGUAAAUCUGAGACUGAGGGUAAAGUGGGACAAAAGAUGAAACACCUGGUGUGUGUAUGUGAGUGUGUCAGACCUGGGUUGAAAUACAUGCGUAUUUAAGUAUUUGUUAUUUAAAUACUUAUUUUCUGUGUAUUUUUGUAUUUUCAAAUAAUGUGGCCAAUCAGCUAUUUUUACUUGGAAGUAUUUAAAAAUAGCUUCCUAUAAAUAGCAAAAAAUAUCAAAUAACAGACCUGGGUUCAAAUGCAUGCAGUAUUUUAAUAUUUGUAUUUGAUAGUUGAGCAUUUCCAAAUUCAUUCCAAUAUUUAAGUACUGAAAAAUAUCCAGAUACUUACUUCAAAAUGUCUUUGAAAGUAAUUGAAAUACCCUAAAUAGUUUUUGAACCCAUGUCUGGUGUGUGUAAAUACAUAUACACUGAGUAUUCAAAACAUUGAGAACACCUGCUCUUUCCAUGACAUAGACUAACCAGGUGAAAGUUAUGAUCCCUUAUUGAUGUCCCUUGUUAAAUCCACUUCAAUCAGUGUAGAUGAAGG